GUGAGCUGUGCAGUUAGUGUUUAUUAAAGCUCUACACGGAUACAGAGAGGAGUGUGUGAGUGCUGGAGCGCAGCCUCUAUUCAAAAUGCGAGCUUUAUUAGGUGUGCUGGGAUGUUACGUGGCUGUUCUGUCAGUCCAGGGCAUGUACUCUCCCAGUGAUGAUGUGAUUGAGCUCAAUCCUUCAAACUUUAACCAGGAGGUUCUGCAGAGUGAAAGUCUUUGGCUGGUGGAAUUUUAUGCCCCCUGGUGUGGACACUGCCAGCACUUGGAGCCAGAGUGGAAAAAAGCAGCUACUGCUUUAAAGGGCAUUGUUAAGGUGGGUGCUGUUGAUGCAGACCAACACAAUACACUGGGAGGUCAGUAUGGAGUACGAGGCUUCCCCACCAUUAAGAUCUUUGGGGCAAACAAGUACAAACCUGAGGAUUACCAAGGUGGACGGAGCACUCAGGCUAUCGUUGAUGCAGCUUUGAGUGCUGUGCGCUCUCUGGUCAAGGACAGACAGAAUGGAAGAUCUGGAGGUUAUGACUACAACAAACAGAGUUCUGGUGGCAGCAGUGGUGGCAGUACAAAGGAUGUGAUGGAGCUGACUGAUGAUAACUUUGACCAGAUGGUUUUGGACAGUGGUGAUGUCUGGAUGGUAGAAUUCUUUGCUCCAUGGUGUGGACACUGCAAAAAUCUCGAGCCUGAAUGGACAGCUGCUGCUAGUCAGGUCAAAGAGCAGACGAAUGGUAAAGUAAAGCUGGGAGCUGUGGAUGCUACUGUUCACCAGGGCCUGGCAAGCCGCUAUGGCAUAAGAGGGUUCCCCACCAUUAAGAUCUUCCGUAAAGAAGAGGAGCCAGAGGACUAUCAGGGCGGCCGUACUCGCUCAGACAUCGUUGCACGUGCUUUGGACCUCUACUCUGAUAAUGCUCCUCCACCAGAACUUUUCGAGAUUUUGAAUGAGGACAUCCUAAAGAAGACUUGUGACGAUCAUCAGUUGUGUGUAAUUGCCAUUUUGCCUCAUAUUCUAGACACUGGUGCAUCAGGCAGAAAUAAUUAUCUGGAAGUGAUGAUGAAGAUGGCUGAGAAGUACAAGAAGAAGAUGUGGGGCUGGUUGUGGACUGAGGCUGGAGCUCAGAUGGAACUCGAGUCCUCACUAGGGAUUGGUGGUUUCGGGUACCCAGCCAUGGCAGCAAUUAAUGCUCGCAAGAUGAAGUUUGCUCUGUUGAAAGGCUCGUUCAGUGAAACGGGAAUCAACGAGUUCUUAAGGGAUCUCUCUGUUGGUCGUGGCUCAACUGCCACAGUAGCAGGUGGAGCUUUGCCUAAGGUCCAUGCUGUGGAAGCCUGGGAUGGCAACGAUGGAGUUCUUCCUGUGGAGGACGACAUCGACCUGAGCGACGUGGACCUGGAUGAUUUGGAGAAGGAUGAAUUAUGAGUGCAUAUACUGAAGCGGGCUGGUCUGGUUUGAGCCAGUUCAUGAGCCACCUCUCCUCUCCCAUGGAAGAGGAAAAGACUGGGACGUUAAGUUACUGAAAAUGUUGAAAUGAAGUCGUGUGGCUUGUAAUUUUCAUGAAUAAAUUGAGGUAAAAUUGGAAUUGUGAUUGGUUUAGCUGUGCCAGGCCUGUUUUUCAUAGUCAGCUUGUUUGUCAUUUCACUUUUUUCUGUCCAGUUGUCCCCAUGAUGCACACAGCUGUGGAAUUAGGUUCAUUAUCUGUUCAUGAAAAUUUCCUUUACUUUUUUAGCAGCAGCCAUUUAUUCAGGUUUGAAGAAAAAAAGAAACCAUCGUUGGUUAUUGUAUACAUUCUGUACAGUGUCAUGAGUGGCUUUUUUCCUUUUUCUGAUUCCUACUCUUUUUGCCUGUGUAAAGGUUCUCUUUAAUGAUUAGGACUAUCUGUAAAACCUUCUCAAAUAUUACAGAUUUUAUAAUUGUUGGUUUUAUGAAAUAACAGUUAACGAGUGUCCAAACCCUUUUGUUUGUGCUGAACAGGGAGUGAUGUGGAAUCUGUGUAGAUUUUUCUUACACAAGGUUGCUUUGUUUUUGUUAUUAAAAUAAAAAGAACCACAACUGA